ACAGCGAGCACACGCACAGCGAGCACACGCAGGCAGCGGACAGGGAUUGACAGAUUGUACGAUCAGUGUGGCGGUUUGUUGAUAGUGGAAGAAACUCGCUCCGCUGCUGAACUUUGACCCGUCUGCUUGUGUUCGUUGAAGCUCCUUCGGGAAAACCAUUUUCAUGUUCCACAGCGUGGCUCCCGCCGCGUUGUCUUGCAGGAGUUGAGGUUUUUUUCCUGUAAGGAAUUGUCAAGUAGAACCAAGGUGAGACGGGGGCUUGUGCCUCUGCAGUUGCACAAUGGUCGCUGCUUUGCAUGCUCUCUGAGCUGAGACGACGCGUUUAGAAAAGCUUCUGUUGGUCUCUACAGGGUAGCAUCAUGACAGGGGAUGCAGUGGUUUUAAGGGGUCUGGGCUGGAUAAAACAGGCAGCUAGCAGAGCCCCAACAAGCAGCCUGACCAGCUCCAACAACCACAGGCUGACUUUCAACAAGCAGAUGGAAAGUGGCGCCCACAGAGCCACAGCGACGCAGUUUCACAGAUACUUCAGCACCUGCUUAGCUGGAAGGGUGAAUAACAGUCACGGGAUGUACAGCAGAAGAUCCGGUGCUAAACACAUGAGGUACCACAGGAACUGGUCAGGCCAGCUGUACUCUGGACAUACACGGCUGUUUAACCAGGACAACUCCACGGUGGGGCGGCUGACGGUGGAGGAUAUCGAAAAAGCAAGAAGCGCCAAGAAAACUGAAGCGAAGCAGUAUAAACAAGCGCUGAGUGAAAGUGCUCGGGAGAGAAAAGUGCCCGUCACACGGAUAGGAAGGCUGGUCAAUUUUGGAAGUCUGGCAGUUGGACUCGGUAUCGGUGCGAUCGCAGAUAUGGCUAAGAAGAGUUUAAAACUUAAACAACAAGGGAAUAAAAAGGGCGUCCUGGAUUCCAACCCCUUCCUCUCUGAAGCCAACGCUGAAAGAAUUGUUCGGACACUUUGCAAAGUUCGAGGAGCGGCUUUAAAACUUGGCCAAAUGCUCAGCAUUCAAGACGAUGCCUUUAUCAACCCUGAGCUGGCUAAGAUCUUCGAGCGUGUCCGACAGAGCGCAGACUUCAUGCCCACUAAACAGAUGAUGAAAACCAUCACCAAUGAUCUGGGUCCAAACUGGAGGGACAGUCUGGAGUACUUUGAAGAGAAACCGUUUGCAGCUGCCUCCAUUGGUCAGGUGCACUUUGGGCAGCUGAAGGAUGGGAGAGAGGUGGCCAUGAAGAUUCAGUACCCUGGAAUUGCCAAGAGUAUAAAGAGUGACGUGAAUAACAUCAUGACUGCACUAAGUUUAAGCAACGCUUUGCCUGAAGGUUUGUUCCCUGAACACCUUAUUGAGGUCAUGAGUCGUGAGCUGGCUUGGGAGUGUGAUUACAUAAGAGAGGCAAACUGCGCCAGAAAGUUUCAACAGCUGCUGAAGGAUCAUCCCUUCUUCUGUGUGCCUGAUGUGAUAGACGAGCUCAGCAGGGAGCGUGUCCUCACCACAACGCUGGUGUCCGGUUUCCCUCUGGACAAGGCUACGGACCUUUCUCAGGAGCUCAGGAACGAGAUCUGUCAGCAGAUUCUGAUUUUAUGCCUGAGGGAGCUGUUUGAAUUCAGAUUCAUGCAGACUGAUCCAAACUGGUCAAACUUCUUCUAUGAUCCACAAAUUCAUAAGGUUGCUCUGUUGGACUUUGGAGCUACACGGGGAUUUGACAAGAAAUUCACUGACACCUACAUUGAGAUCAUUAAGGCAGCUGCAGAUCAGAACCGAGAAGGCGUCCUGCUGAGAUCCAGAAAAAUGAAGUUCCUCACAGGAUAUGAGACAAAGUCAAUGGAGAACGCCCACAUAGACGCGGUGAUGAUCCUCGGCGAGGCCUUCAACUCUGAGCAACCCUUCGACUUCGGGGAACAGAGCACCACGGAGCGCAUCCACAGACUCAUCCCGGUGAUGCUGAGGGAGCGCCUUACACCACCUCCAGAAGAAACGUACUCCCUCCACAGAAAGAUGGGCGGCUCCUUCCUCAUCUGCUCCAAACUGAAAGCAAAAAUCUCCUGCAAGAACAUGUUCCAGAAGGCGUACAGAAACUACUGGAAGGAUGGACUUCCUGACUCCAAACAGUGAAGACUUUUUGUUUAAUGCAGGAAAAACAUGUUUCAUUAGGAUUGUCUUGAUAUUUUUUUGGUAUCAUGUUGGACAAUUGAGUCAAAAAUGUCCUAAAGUUGCCUUUUGUUUCUUUUACAACUGGAGGUCUGCUCUGACCUUCACUUAAACAGGAAAAAAAUGGAUGCCAAUAGCUGCUAUAGUUCUCUUAAUUGCUUGUUUUGACUAGGACUUCCAUCCAAACUAACCCUGCCUUUUUAAUCUUCAUGAUUGAAUAGUACAUAUCCUUUAAGUGAAUUUGUUGUGCGUACUGUAUAACCUCACUAUAAUGUGCCUAAAUUGUCAAGACUAUACUUGACAAUACUCCGUCUGAUCAGGACCGCCAUUGAGAAUGAACUAAUACUGAUAGUAACCCCCCUCCUCCCCAAAAAACGUAUUUGACACCAAUCUGCAACCUGAAAAAUGCACAACACAAAAGCCAAAAUGUUUCACAAUGUGUGUCACGCCUGAGGGAGAAGUGAAAGUAUAAUUCUUUUAGCCAUUUAAUGUGCCGUGCCAAACCUAGUGUUGUUAAACAAUUCUUCUGCUUUAUCUGAAGAAAAAAAGACAAAAAUGUCUAAAUCUCAAAUGGCUCUUUAUGAAUAUAUGAAGAAUUUCUAGUUUUAGGCAAACAAAUGUAAAAUUAAAUAAAAUAUCUUCAUCUGUUGUCUAUACCCGCUUUUCUGGGGAGGGUCAUGGGGGCAGGUGCCCAUCUCCACAGGUUGCGGGGUCCAUCACAAGGCAACGGAGACACAGGAUAAACAACCAAACCCUCAUACCUAUGGGCAAUUUAGGGAGUAAAAAUAUGUAAAUAAAAAAUAAUCUCAAACGAGAACUCCACCCUUUGCCUAACUCCAAAUUACUUUAAAUAUAAUGGAAACUAAGUUAAGCUAGAAAGAGUUGUUGCAUUAAUUGAUUUCAGUGGUGCCUUAUGGUUACGUGAGUGAGACUCACUGAUGACUUAUAUUUCUUUUUGCUGGUUUUCUAAAGGUUUCUCAGCUGCAACCCUUUCAAAGUGUGUUCACUUACAACAGCCUACAAUGGUGCACAGGCUCAGUUCUUUGAGAACAUACAUGCUCUUGAACAGUCGGUAAAUAAUGCAUUAUUUUUGCAUAUUUACCACCCUAUUUUCCUCUUUCUGAACCCUGCCUCUGACUCACUUGCAGAACAAAAAAAGGAAGUGCUACUUCUGUCUAAAUGUCGCUUUAACAUAUUGAGGUAAUGCAUCUCAGAUAUUUCAUCUAACAGAGGCUAGAGACCAGGUUAACAAGUCCAGUUCUUUGUCCUUCCUCAAUCGUCUUCUGAAACAGGUUUCGCCACGAAUACGGACAGUUAACUGCCACAAGAUGUCCAAUAAAGUUCUCAGUGAAAAGUG